UGAAGCUCCAGCUGCCGCCGCGGCCCCCGCCAUGGCGACCUGCUUUCGGCUGCGGAGCUUCGGGGCCCCGCGCCUCCCGCUGGCGCCUCCGCGCCACCUCCGCCCCCGUCCCGGCUGCUCGGGGCUCACCGCGCGGGCCGCUCCGGGCCGGGCCCAGCUCCGCAGCUACGCCCGGAGCCCCGCCGGCCUCUCCGCCGAGCUGCUGCGCACCGACAGCUUCGUGGGCGGCCGCUGGCUCCCGGCCGCCGCCACCUUCCCGGUGACGGACCCGGCCAGCGGCGCCACGCUGGGCAUGGUGGCCGACUGCGGGGCGGCCGAGGCCCACGCCGCCGUGCGCACGGCCUACGAGGCGUUCCACAGCUGGAGGGGGGUCUCGGCCAAGGAGAGAAGUUCAUUACUUCGGAAAUGGUACGAUUUAAUGAUGCAAAAUAAGGAUGACCUUGCGAAAAUAAUCACAGCUGAGAGUGGAAAGCCACUGGCAGAAGCACAGGGAGAAAUGGUCUAUUCCGCCCUCUUCCUAGAGUGGUUUUCAGAAGAAGCUCGCCGCGUUUACGGAGACAUUAUUCCUACCUCCUCAAAGGACAGGCGAGCCCUGGUCCUCAAGCAGCCCCUGGGCGUGGCCUCCAUCAUCACCCCGUGGAAUUUUCCCAGUGCCAUGAUCACCAGGAAGGUGGGGGCUGCCCUUGCAGCUGGCUGCACAGUAGUGGUAAAACCUGCUGAAGAUACGCCUUUCUCUGCCCUGGCCUUGGCCCAGCUCGCAAACCAAGCAGGAAUCCCUCCUGGUGUCUACAAUGUUGUUCCUUGCUCCCGAGCGAAGGCCAAGGAAGUUGGGGAAGCACUCUGCACUGACCCUCUAGUGUCCAAAAUUUCCUUCACUGGCUCAACAGCAACAGGCAAGAUUCUGUUGCACCAUGCAGCGAACUCUGUGAAAAGGGUCUCCAUGGAGCUAGGGGGCCUUGCCCCAUUCAUCGUCUUUGACAGUGCCAACGUGGACCAGGCUGUCAAGGGGGCCAUGGCAUCUAAAUUUCGAAAUGCUGGACAGACUUGUGUUUGUGCAAACCGGUUCUUAGUGCAACGGGGUAUUCAUGACUCCUUUGUAAAGAAAUUUGCUGAAGCAAUGAAGACAAACCUGCGUGUAGGUAAUGGAUUUGAAGAAGGAACUACUCAAGGCCCAUUAAUUAAUGAGAAAGCAGUGGAAAAGGUAGAGAAACACGUGAGUGACGCUGUUUCUAAAGGGGCGACCAUUGUGACAGGCGGGAAGCGGCACCAGUAUGGAAGAAAUUUCUUUGAGCCCACGCUGCUCAGCAAUGUCACCAAGGACAUGCUUUGUUCUCGUGAAGAGACGUUUGGGCCUCUGGCACCAGUUAUCAAGUUUGACACGGAGGAAGAGGCCAUUGCAAUUGCCAAUGCAACUGACGUUGGGUUAGCAGGUUACUUUUACUCGCAAGAUCCAGCCCAGAUCUGGAGAGUGGCAGAGCAGCUGGAGGUCGGUAUGGUGGGUGUUAACGAAGGCAUGAUUUCCUCAGUGGAGUGCCCUUUCGGAGGAGUAAAGCAGUCUGGCCUGGGGCGAGAGGGUUCCAAGUAUGGCAUCGAUGAAUAUCUGGAAGUCAAGUAUGUGUGUUACGGAAGCGUGUAGGAGCCUUCGUGUCUUGAAAACUUCACAAGGAAGCUUACCAACACAUAUUGGGACAUGCCAUCCAUC